GCAAUCUUAAAGUCCACCAGCUUGCCCAACUGCAAUUCAAUCUCAGCUUUCUUCCGCUUCCUUCUCAGCUACUUUUGCCUUCUGCCAUCCUUAUCCGCCACUUUGUUUCUAUCUUUCAGUAUAGUCUCCUGGCAUAAACAUGCGUUUUGCCUCCUUUUAAGUUCUACUUCUUUUAUUUCUGAAGUUUUAAAACUCUCAUGACUUUACUUGUAGAGUUCUGAGCCAUUUCUGCUCCUUGUCUCUUUGUGUUUGGACUACUGCAGUUUGCAGAAAUUGCAAUUUUAGGUUGUACUUGCAAGCAAUUUAACUCAAGGCUUCUUUUGAUCUUAAGUGUUAAUGUAUGUUUUAAUACUUUACCUUUCUCACAGUGAAUAAUUAAAAAAAUAAUUUGUUUGAGAACUAUUUUCCUGGUCCUCAGUAAUUGAGGAGCCAUGCUCUACAUCAAAGGAUGCUCAAAGUUUCUACCAAUGGGUUCAUUCUCACUCUAAGAUGUUCUUAUUUAUUCUAGUGGCCUGAUAAUCUUACUAGCACUAUUAUAGGAAAUAGUUUUAGAGGAUAAAUUCUUAUUUGUGCCUUGUAAGUUUUGUUGCUUCAUUUCUGCUAUUUACUUAUUUUUAUGCUGUUUAUAAAAGAUAGCAUGGAAUCCUUGUUCUCCCAUUUGCAGUUUGUGCCUGUUUGAUUGCACAGUUUCAGCCUUGUGAUGCUGUUUGGAUUGGGGAAGGUGGUAUUCCUGAUCAUCUUAUUGUUCAUUCACCUACGUCUAACCUCCAGGUCUAAUUCUGCCAUUUCAUCUGAAAAGUAGCACAGGCAAAAAUUAUUUUCAUUCUUCAGAGACAGGUUCUGGGUGCUUUCUUCAGCCUUUACUCUUUGAUUUCAUUCUGUUGGGACUACUGCUGGUUAUUUCUUCAGCUAGAAUAUCUCUUCAGGCAGACCUUUGGAAAAAUAAUCUUACAAAUCCUUGUUUCAGUCCAUUGCAUCAUGGGUGUGCCAUGAGAGAAUCUAGACUGUAUUAAUCCAAGCAAGUUUUAGUCCCCUCUAGCUGCUUGCCUUGCUUCCUGUUUGACAGGACACACGUGCCACUAACUUCACUCAGGAGUGAGGAGGAGAAGAGUUGCCCCACUGUCCUGUGUGAGAAGCACCUCUGGCACACUCAGUCCUGUGCUGAAUCCAAAGCAGUGCGCUUCUUCCUUCAUGCAGUGUUUUAGGGAGAAGAUUAAAACCCAGAUGUGAGAGGAUAUUCUGGGACCUGAUCCCUGUUGAUAGUUUUAGAAGUUGAACAUCCAAUACUUGAACAGAUUUAGCACGUAAAAUGAUUUGCCCCAAAUCCUGCACAAAAUCCCCAAGAGGACUGGUAAUUCAGCAAAUCUGCUGAUGCUCAGUUCAAGUCUGUUGUCACAAACCCAUGUGGAUAAAGUCUGUAACAGCAUUUCCUUCCUAGCUCCUUGGGACUUCGGUUCAACUUUGUGAUGUCUUCCCCUGAAAUUGCUUCCCUUUCUUGGGGUCAGAUGAAGGUGAAAGGCUGCUCUACAACAUAUAAGGAUUGCAAAGUAUGGCCAGGAGGAAGCCGGACAUGGGAUUGGCGAGAAACCGGGACUAAUCAUUCUCCAGGAGUGCAGCCAGCUGACCUUGAAGAAGUCGUCAAGAAGGGUGUUAAAACUGUGGUGAUUGGUCGUGGCAUGAGUGAGGCUUUGCAGGUUCCAGCAUCCACUGUGGACUAUCUGAAGAAGAACGGCAUUGACGUGCUGGUGCUGCAGACGGAGAAGGCCGUGGCGGAGUACAAUGCCCUGGCUGCUCAGGGUGUCCGAGUGGGCGGCGUGUUCCAUUCCACCUGCUGAAGCGCUGCUCCUUCCGCCCUCCCGGCCCGCCGCCGGGACACACCGACACACCCCUGCUGAACCCACUCGCACUCAGCGGAGUGCGGGCUUACGGGCCAAGGCGGUUGUGCACUGACCAUCGAAAGCGCAAAGACACUUUGUUAGGUCAGGAUUUAAGCAAAUCGAGGGCUCACAAAAGGCGGGGCUGUUAAUGUAAUUAAAUUGUUUAAUUACAGAAUAAUUUCCAUGUAUUGUUGAGAUUGACCCAAUUUUCCUCUGAAGGCUGUCCAUAGUCUUGUUACUUAACUUUUCACCUGUUCACUAAAUCAGGAAAUUAUGGUUUAAAUACUUUUAUUAGAAAAUGGCUCAAAAUUACAUUACUGGCUACUGGAAUGCAGCCAUAAAAUAGCUGAUGAGCACGAUCAAAUAGUAGAUAUGAGGUGGUGGUAAAGAAGCACUUUACCACCACUGGAUAAAUAAGUUUAAAAAAAAAUAAAAGCAAACUGGGAACAUAAAACUUUACCUCCAGCAGGUGACCUCAGUCAGGGUAUUUGCCAAUUUAUGAACUGGCAAUAAUAGAGCACUUUUAAAUUUUUCAUUGAGCCUGAAAAAGGGGAAAAAAUGUCAACAGGGUAUAAGCAUAAAACCUGGGCCUUAAAGAAUUUUCUUAUUAAUUUCUUAUUCUAAUUAAUUAAUGGGGAUUGAGCUGUCUAAUACAUAUCUGUUCAGCAGUUUCUACAUGCUUAAAAUAAUCAGAAAUGUGUGUUACAAAACUAGAGUUUGCAGCAUAAAACAUUGAUCUCUAGGACAUCAGUCUGAAUCGCUGCUAGCAAAGCACUGCUGGCAAGCUGGGGAUGCAUGUGAGACUUGUUACUGGUCAUUAUCUGAUGAUUUAAAUGUUGUGCCAACAAACAUUAUUACACUGAAUAUUCAAACAGUU